AUGUCCCCCGUCAGCGAGGAGGUGGGAGAGGGGAGCGCCGUCCCCGCGCCCUCCCCUCCGGGAGAAAGUGAGGCGGUGGGCGAGGAGGAGCCGAGAAAGGAGAACGGAGAAUGGUGCCCGCAGGAAGCCUCGCUCGCCUCCGGGACCGCAGAAGUUCCCCUGGUGCCUUCUGGGCUCGGGGCGGCGCAGGGUCCUCCCGAGAAGGCGGCGGAGCAGGGGCAGGCGCAGGAGACGGCCGAGCCGCCCGAAGGAGGCUGGGGCUGGUUUGUCAUGCUGGCCUCCAUGUGGUGCAACGGGACCGUCUUCGGGAUCCAGAACUCGUGCGGGAUCCUCUUCAAGUCCCUGCUGUCGGAAUUCGGAGACCCCAACGACAAGCAGCUGAUGUUCAGGACAGCAUUGGUGAAUUCUUUGUCGAUGGGGAUGAUUUUCUUCUGUUCUCCCAUUGUCAGUGUAUUUACCAACAUGUUUGGUUGUCGAAAAGUAGCUGUAGUAGGAGCAGCUGUGGCUUUCGUUGGGCUCCUUUCAAGCUCCUUUGUACGUUCACUUGGACCUCUGUAUUUCACCUAUGGAAUCUUGUUUGGCUGCGGCUGUUCAUUUACCUAUCAGCCAUCCCUGGUCAUUUUGGGACAUUAUUUCAAGAAGCGUCUGGGACUGGUGAAUGGCAUUGUUACGGCUGGGAGUAGUUUGUUCACUAUAACACUGCCUUUUCUUUUAAAUAAACUGGUCAAUUCUGUUGGCCUCUCUGGGACUUUUCAAAUCCUAUGCAUUUUUGUGUUUAUUCUUUUCCUGGCUGGCUUUACUUACAAACCUCUCAUGCCUAGUACCAAACAAAGUGAAAAAGGGAAGAAGUUCAAAUUACCUCCAGCAAAAGAAGUGUGCAAUUUUUCCAUUUUCAAAAUUUUGAGUUAUAGAAUCUGGGCUCUGGGGAUUCCAGCUGCUUUAUUUGGAUAUUUCAUACCCUAUGUUCAUCUACUAAAACAUGUGAAAGAACGUAUUGGUGAACAUGUUCCAGAUGUGACACUUCUGCUUUGUCUUGGCAUUACUUCAGGAAUUGGUCGACUGAUCUUUGGCAAAAUUGCAGAUUAUAUUCCUGGUGCAAAAAAGGUUUAUCUACAGGUGAUAUCCUUUUUGUUAAUUGGCCUGAUGUCUAUGAUGAUCCCAUUAUGCAAUUCCUUUGAAGCUCUUAUUGUUGUCUGCCUUAUCAUGGGCCUUUUUGAUGGAUGCUUCAUUAGUAUCAUGGCACCGAUUGCUUUUGAGUUAGUUGGCGCACAUCGUGUUUCUGAAGCAAUUGGAUUCCUUUUGGGCUUGAUGUCUAUACCAAUGACAGUUGGCCCACCUAUUGCAGGAAAAUUACGGGAUCAUUUCGGCACAUACGAUGUGGCAUUCUACCUAGCAGGAGUUCCACCUAUUGUUGGAGGAGCUAUAUUAUGUGCUAUCCCAUGGGUGCAUGCAAAGAGGAAACUCAAAGAACAAGCUACACCUGUGAAUGGAGAAACCACAGAAAAAAUGCUGGAAAUCAGAAGCCCCCCCAUGUCGGACUCAUUUGAGAAACCUAGCAAAGAAUCGGAAUCUGUUAUUUAAU